GUACGGAUGGAGAUUGGUCAGGUCACUGAAGAAGCCUUGUUGCUUGACCCAAAAAUUAAAAAUAAAAAAAGGGGCCCAAAAGAGGCGUCCGUACGCCUCCUUCUCCAGCCAAUUGUGGUUUUUUUUGAUAUUUGUUGCCCUUUCUUUCUUUCUUCCCCAAUUCAAUUCUGCGUUAUACAUUUAUACGCAGCUGCGUGUGAGAGAGAGAGAGAGAGAGAGAUAAAGCAAACAGAAUAAAUUCUUCUCCUUUUUUUUUUUUUUUUUGUUUUGGCAAGUUGCAAACUAGUGAAAGAGAAAGAGAAGGAUGGACUAAUUUCCUUGGCGUUUUAGCUCUCUUUUUUAUCCCGCAUUGUUCCUCUCUGUCACUCUCUAUCUUCGCCGGAGAUACCUGUUUUUCUAUCCCCGGAGGAAAUUCUGUGGAGCAACUCUCAUAGUUUGAAUCAUGUCAAGGCCUGCUCAGCUUCCUCCUCGUUGCCCCAUCCCAAAGAAACUCUCUUUGAGUCCGGUUGCAGAUACAUUCUACUCUUCUUCCUCUCCCAUUGAAUCAUACAUUGGUCAAUACAAGUCUUCUACUCAAGAUUCCAGGCUCGAGGAUCAACCUGCUUGGCUUGAUGAGUUGCUCUGUGAGAAAACAGAUGGGUUGCUCACUGGAGGAGGUCCUUUGCGCCGCUCAGCUAGCGACUCAGUUGUGCUUUUGGGAGACAUCUCUGCUCAUUUUUCUGGUUUUAAUCAAAGUGAAGAUGAAGAAAGUUUGAGUUCUGAAGCUUGUGGGGACUUAGAGUCAGCUUGUGUAUAUGGUCCCAACUCGCCAAGAGCAAAGAAUAACUCUAGCUUCUCUAACAACCCUAUUGCUUCUGCCUUUUCGGAUUAUGGUUCUCAGAACUUGGAUGAUACGGUGAAAGGGAUCAACUGUACACCUGUUGCUGAAAAUGCCUGUGGUUCAAUGGGAAUACCAAAUGCCAAAAGGAACCCGGGACAGCGUUCAAGAGUUCGUAAGCUCCAGUACAUUGCUGAACUUGAGAGGACGGUAGGCAUGUUGCAGACUGUAGAAGAGGAUUUAUCAGUGAGAGUGGCUUCACUUCUUCAGACACGAGCAACACUGUCCCUGGAGAAUAGCCAGUUGAAGCAGCAGAUGGCGAUACUAAAGCAGGACAAGCUCAUAAGAGAAGGUGAGUAUCAGUUACUGAAGAAGGAAGCUCAGAGAUUGAAAUCUGGAUUGGGAUACUUAGGGAGCAAUAACAACAAUAACAGGCUGGUGAGGUCAUAUUCUGCUGGUUCAAAUGUAGCUCCGAGGACAGCUUCGUCCCACUUGGACUGGAAUUUGCUAGAUCUGACCAAACUCAAUCUCAACUAAAGUCUAAAGACAAAACCCUCCAUAAGAAUAAGUAGCUUUAGUAAUUCAGGAGUUAACAAUUCUAUUAUGUUCGAAAAAAAGAACAAAUCUCACGUGUAACAAACCGCCGUCGUUUCGUGUUUUUUUUUUUUUUUGUUUCCGUAAAAUAUGAAAAUGUUAUUUUGACGAUGUAACGCACCUUGGACACGUGUCAGUAAGCAGCAGUAUCAGAUUCCCUCGACUCUAAA